CUCUGCAGACAGACACAAGGCUUAUUCUGUAACAGCUAGGACGAGGAUUUGGACGUUUAACAGCAAGAAGACUUUUUAAAACCUGAUUUUACAGCUAAAUCUGCAGCCAUGGCACCGAUUUUACUGAACUGUAUGGGAAAUGAGCAUAAUGAGUACAUCAAACAACAGGUCCAGGUCAAAAACCCUUACCUGGACACUAUGGAGGAGGAUAUCUUAUACCACUUCAGCCUCAGCACCAAGACUCACAACCUUCCUGAAAUGUUUGGAGAUAUUAAGUUUGUGUGUGUUGGGGGCAGUGCAAAUCGAAUGAAAGCUUUUGCCCAGUUCAUCCACACGGAGCUGAAACUGUCUGGAAAUCCAGAGGAAAUAAGAGACAUCUGUGAGGGAACUGAUCGCUACUGCAUGUAUAAAGUGGGCCCAGUGCUCUCUAUCAGUCAUGGCAUGGGUGUCCCUUCCAUCUCUAUCAUGCUGCAUGAGCUCAUCAAACUGUUGCACCAUGCUCAAUGCCGUGAUGUGAUUCUGUUUCGCCUUGGAACAUCUGGAGGUGUUGGUCUUGCUCCUGGGACCGUGGUGAUCACAGAUAAAGCAGUGGACUACUCCUUCCGACCCCAGUUUGAGCAGGUGGUUCUGGGGAAAGUCAUCACACGUAGCACAGAGCUAGAUGAAGGAGUUGCUAAUGAACUUCUGCAAUGCUCCUCUGAGCUUCAAGACAUCCCUACAGUGAUUGGAAACACCAUGUGCACGCAUGACUUCUAUGAAGGCCAAGGCCGGCUUGAUGGAGCUCUUUGCUCCUUUUCUCACGAAGAGAAGCUGGAGUAUCUGCGGAAGGCUUUUGAUGCAGGAGUGAGGAAUAUAGAAAUGGAGUCCACUGUGUUUGCUGCUAUGUGCCGCGUCUGUGGCCUUAAAGCUGCUGUAGUGUGUGUUGCGUUGCUGAAUCGCUUCGAGGGAGACCAGAUCACUUCCUCACAUGACGUUCUGGUGGAGUACCAGCAGAGACCUCAAGCCCUGGUGUCCCACUUUAUCAAGAAACGUUUGGGACUCAUUGUCUAAGACGCCUUUGUUUCCCACCUCAACCCAGCUUCCCAGAAGCAGUGUAAAUAGUUUGACUUAUAUGUGCAUAUGUAUAUAAAAUGUGUUAAACAUGUUGAUAUGGGCAUUAGACACUUAUUUAAAUAGCCAUGAAGAUUUGUAUGAUUUUGUCUAUGAAACAAAGAUGUUGAGUACUGUGCUUAUAGAUAUGUCAUAUUUAAUACUGCAGUGCUUAUGUAAGGUAAAAACGUCUAAAGAUUGUGUUCUGUUCUGUGUUCUGUUGUUUGUUUGAACAUUAAACUUACACAUGUGACACCAUACACAAAAAAACAAAGUUUUCUUGAUUAAUCAGCCUCUAAAUGAGACAAUCAAGUUCACAGAGAAUAUGUGCACUUUUAAGAAACCUGAUCAAAGAUCGUAGAAGAGAGCCUUAUAAAAUGUAACAAGGAACAAGGUUUCUCUUAAAAUACAAGAUGAAGUAGGCUUUCCUCCAUCUACUACCAUCAUGUAGUUUUUAAUAACCAUAGACAGGUGGGCAGUUACUUCUGUCAAGCUUGUUCCCUGCAAAUGCGCAUUUCAGUAGUAAGAAAAUAAAAUAUGUGCAGAUAGGUCAUUUAAAUUUAAUCGAUGUAUUCUACACAUGUUCUAUCACUCACAUAUAUUCUGUUUCUUAUUACACACUGCUCUCUGGAGUUUAAAUACAAUGUAAAGUCAGUACUGAUCAUUGAAAUCUGUAUUUUGUAGUAAAUAAAACUUUUAUCAGUUUAA